UAGUAAGGAAAUUCAAAGUAUGCACUUUGGCGGUUCUCGUGACCAGGUCACCAUGCAUACUGGCGUUAUGUAUUUUAGAACGGCUGAAGCUAAUAAUGAACUGAAAGUACUCUCAUUCUGUUCCCUUUCAGAAUCGUUACGCCAUGAUGCCUCUGCCAUAUGCGCCCAAUUAAACAAAGUUCUGUUCUUAGCUCAUAGAAAGAUUGCAAGUAUCAAUGCCAUUCACUUCCUUAGUGAUAGUCCUACAACGCAGUAUAGGAACAAAACCCUUUUUUCAUUAAUUCAAAAGCAUUUUUCUCAAUUUUGUAGUUCUAUCACAUGGAACUAUUCAGAGUGCGGCCAUGGCAAAGGGGCCCCAGAUGGCAUUGGAGGCACCUUGAAAAGAACUGCCAACAAACUUGUGGCUGAAGGAACUGACAUACCGACAUUCCAAGUGCUUCUUGACUGCUUAAAGGAAAAAUUUAAAGAUUCCAUCAAAUUGUUCCAUGUACUGUAACUACGGCAGAGAUAAAUGAAGUUGAUGAUUUGGUAGAAAAAGAUGUGCCACCAUUUAUUGGAACUAUGAAAGUCCAUCAGGUGUUUUGGACUAAUAGGGACAAGGACAAUCUACAAAUGCGUCGCUUAAGCUGCUUUGAAUGCAAUAGCAAAGACAACUGCAAGCACUACCAUCUGCGUACCUACAAACCAAAAUGUCUAGAACAACAAAAAACUUGUAAGAAUUCAAGAGCAAUGAAAAUCAAUCCAGGAGUACAUCAAGAAGAUCAAACAGCGCAUAGGCUUACCAGAGUGCGCUAUUCUGACAUUUAUUCCUCAGACAGUGAUGAGAAUGACGAGUUGGAUGUGGGUUCAUGGGUCGGUGUUGUGUAUGACACCCAGUGGUACCCAGGAAUCGUAGAGAACAAAGGAGAAAAAAUCACAGUCUCAUUUAUGGCCAGAUCAGGGCAAAAGUUCUUCUGGCCCUCACCACCUGACAUUCAAAUGCUGAAUCCAGCCCACAUAAUGUGCAGGAUCAACAAACCUCCACACCCAGUUUCAAAUCGACACUACGGAUUUGAAAACAUAAAAAAAUAUGAUGAAAUAUUUAAUAAGAUGCUGAAAACCACAUGAAUAUAUUUACUUAUAAAGUCAUCUGUCUAGCUAUGUCAAUAAUAAACCUAGUUCCUGGAAUUCUACUGUUGAAUUUAUUUUAUCAACCCUUCUCGGCCAAACUUUAUCGAUAUCAGAAUUACUUGCAUAUUAUGCUUCGGUGACAUUUUAAAGAAGAAAGUAAUAUUAAUACCUAAUUAAUUUUUGAAAGUCAGCCAGUUUAGGCUUACAAGUGUUCUCUUUCAGAUAUGAAAAUACACAAUAACAUAUUUUUU